AUGGAGGACGUUCUCAACGCCGUCUCGGCCGACGGCUCGUCGAUCAUGCCCCGCCUUGCACCAAACCUGAGCCGACAUCUUCUCUUUCCUCUGAUCCAGUUCGAGAGUGAGAGAGCCGAGGAACAAGGCCAGGAUGCCAAGGCAAAGGAGAUUCUUUCCGGAAAGAUUAAGCUCCUCGAGGACACAAACAUGACCGAUUACGUUGCGACUCUCUACUGCGAGCUUCACGGUGUAUCAGAGGCCCCAGAGCAGUACAACAAGAAGAGACAGGAUGUGCUUUCACAGCUGGAGAACUACGAGCAAGCUACCGCCAAGAUCGCCGAUCUCCUGACCCAGGAUGAGGUCGUCAACGGACUCCGAAGCGACAAGGUUGCCAACUUGGAGUUCCUCAAGAACCAGCACGGAGCUUUUCACCAGGUCACCAUGGAAAUGGUCAACGCUCUCUACGACUUUGGUCAGUUUCAGUUCCGAUGCGGCCAAUACGGUCCCGCUGCCGAUAUGCUCUACCAAUUCCGAGUCCUUUCCACCGAUAACGAUAAGGUCUCUGCUGCCACCUGGGGCAAGCUUGCCUCCGAGAUCCUCCAGACCAACUGGGAGUCUGCUGUCGACGAACUCAAGAACGUUAGGGAAAACAUUGAUUCUAAGCUCUUCAACAACCCCCGUGCCCAACUCGACCACCGAACGAUGUUGCUCCAUUGGUCUCUUUUCCCUCUCUUCAACUGGGAGGGUGCCAGGGAACCUAUCCUGGACAUGUUCUUUUCUGCACCUUACAUCAACACCAUCCAGACCUCCUGCCCCUGGAUCUUGCGAUAUCUGAUCGCCGCCGUUAUCACCGGCCGUGGCCGUGCUCGCAACAGCUCCAUCCAACAAAAGCAAAUCAAGGACAUUAUCCGUUAUGUCCGACAAGAAGCUUAUGAGUAUACCGACCCGAUUACACAGUUUGUCAACGCCCUCUACAUCGCCCACGACUUUGAGGCUGCCCGCGAGGCCCUCUCCAUGGCCGCCGAGGUCUGCCGCAGCGACUUCUUCCUUGCUUCUUCCGCCGAUGCCUUUGUCGAUGCUGCCCGGCACCUCAUCUGUGAGAGCUACUGCAAGAUCUUCAGCCGAAUGAACAUUCGCGACCUUAGCGCCAAGCUCGGCCUGAACCCCGACGAUGGUGAGAAGUGGAUUGUCAACCUGAUCCGUGAGACUCGAUUGGACGCCAAGAUCGACAGUCAAGAUGGCACCGUCGUGAUGAACCACCCUCCUAACAACGUCUACCAGCAAGUUAUUGAGAAGACUAAGGGUGGUUUCUUCAGAACACAAGUCCUCAACGCCGCUGUUUCAAAGUAG